AUGCUUUUAACGUGGGGUGCAACUCUGGUUUGGCCCAGAUCUGCAGAAGAUUUCUCUGGUGCAUUGGAAGCUAUCGAGCAAGAAAAAUGUAAUUUCGUAGUGUUGUUUCCUCUGUUUUUAUCACAAGCUCUCAACCAGCAAAAUAUUACUAGCUUUGAUCUUUCGUCUUUGAAAAGAUGCUGGUGCACAGGAAACGUUUAUUCAGAAGGCAACAUUCUAAAUGCAAUUAAAUUACUAUGCCCUAAUACUGUUAUCGUGUAUGGAUCAAAUGAAGCCCAGGAUAUCAGCAUAGGGGAUAUAAUGGAUACAGUGGAAGAUAGAAUUCGUGGGAAAACCCAAAUAAUUCAUAACUGUGAAGUGAAGAUCACGGACAAAGAUCAAAACAUUGUGCCUGUCAAUACUAGGGGUGAAAUAUGGGUUCGUGGACCGUAUCUAUUCCAGUGUUAUUAUGGCGACAGGGAACGUACAGAGAAAGUUAAAGAUGCAUGUGGUUGGUAUUAUACUGGGGAUCUCGGUCAGAUGGAUGAAGAUGGUCGGUUGGUUAUAUUAGGCAGAAACGAUGACAUGAUUAUAAAAGGAACACUCAAUGUAUAUCCGGCAGAAAUCACGAACCAUCUAGGAGACCAUCCAAAAUUGAAAGACGCCCAAGUAGUCCCUGUUCCUGAUGAGAAACUCGUUAACGAAAUCUGCCUUUGUCUUGUGCCCAAAGAAAAAUCCACUUGUACCAUGGAUGAAAUGCUGGAAUUCUUGGCUGGGAAGGUGUCUCCAUUGAGUAUGCCACGUUACAUUCUCUUUUUUACAAAUUUUCCUACAAUGGGUUUGAAAGUAAAUCGAAAAGCUAUUAUAAAGGAAGCGGUUGCACGCCUUGGACUGUAA